ACCACACCCCCCAACCCAUCCAUGACAAGCCAUCUCACUCGGCCCCGGCUCAGUCCAGAGCUGUUGGCCAUGGCCCUAGACAGCUACUCCUACGACUGUUGCGUGUUCCCUCCGCUCCUGGAUUGGGAGUGGGAUUGGGGCGAGCUGGACACUCUUGGCCUUGGAGGAGUUGCUGAAGCUGGAGGCACCGCCGUCCAGGAGCAGGAGGCCGUCUUCUUCCCGGCGACGCCUGGUGUGGAGUCACCGGCCUCGUCGGAGGCGUCCAGUGGCUACCUGCAAGACGCCGUCGCCCACUGGAGCGGCCGCUGCAACAAGCGGCAGAGGAUGGAGGCGACGCCUCCGCCUCGACGUCCGGCGACCGUCGGCGAGGAUCUGCAGUUCCUUCUUGAGAGCUUCUGGGAUUCUAGCGCCGAGGGGGGCGGCGGCGACGGAGAUCUCCGGCAGGAUUUGAAUACCACGAUCCCGGAGACGGAGAUAUGCUGCAGUUUUGUCUCAGGGGACGACGGGUCAGGUGCGUCGGGCAGGGAGGAGCAGAGGGCCCCGAGCAAGCAGGUGCUGCCAGCGCCAGCGCCAGCGCCAGCGGCGCGGCGCGGAGGAGAGGAGGCGGCCGCGGUAGUCCCCCCUCCUCCUCGUCCUCGCUUCCCCGCCACCGUGCGGGGCGCUGCUCCCCUGCAGCCGCGGCUGCAAAAGGCGACUGCAGGGGCGGGGACGGGGGCGCCCCACCGCGCGCCAGCGCGUCGCGACGAUCGCUCGCUGCCGCGGCCCGUCGUCGGCUGCUGCGAGCCCUCCCGUGCGGGGGCGGGGGCGGCGGCGGGCGCGGCCGCCACGACGGCGCCCGCCUCUGCUUGUCCCUCGCUGCUGGCAGGGGAGGAGAAGAGAGGAGUGAUGUACCCAUUUGACGUCGUCAAGCCGCUGGGGUUGGACGCUGGCCGCAUGACGACGCUGGACGACGUCAACCAGAGGAUCCUGAAGAGACCGGCCAGACCGGUUCGGCACCCUGUUGGCCCGUUCGCGUGCGGCCCCGCCGUGACGGCUCACGGUAUAGGCCUCUCCGGCAAGGCAGUCGUUAGCCUGACCAAGAUCAGAACGGGAGGAAAGGGCACAAUAACCAUCAUCAGAACAAGAGACUGAUGGAUGGGAUUGGGAUCAACCAUUUCAUUUUGUUUUAGGAAACUGAACCGAGUUGUCAUCAUGUUAGGAGUAGCUACUGUUGUAAAUACAACCCCGGGUUUCAAUUCAGGCCUCUGCUAUGUCUACUUUGACAAGCUAAAACUCUACUGUACAUAAGCUGAAGCUUAAACUGACGGGUGGCAAACUUGAACUUUAACAGUUAGCACCGCAGCACCGUGGAGUCAGGAGCAUGCCUUCGUCAUCCUGGGUGAUCAUCGCAUUACUAACAGGGCAUGAGGCAAACCAUGAUAAGAGACAGAUUAACCAGAUGCAGCCUGGCACAAGCGCACGAUGAUCCACCAUGUCCCAUAUCACUGAGCACUGUACAUGAAGCAGCACUUCAUCCACCAAGCAUCAACCGUCAUGAAAUGAAGAGCCAAUGCAGUACUCAAACAGUCAAAACACAACUAACAACA